AUGGUGCAACUUCAUCAAAGGAAGUCAUCCCUAUCCAUCACUUUUUCACUAAGUCCCAUUAUUAAUGUUGUUGGGGCUUCAUGUAAGCGCAAUGACCAGUUGAAAGCUGCUCAUGCCUCAAAUAGUGCUCAUUUGCUUAGUGUUGAUAAGCUUGAAAGUGGGAGGCGUCUUAACCAAAUUGGUUCUUUGCAAAGGCUAUGUGAUACUCGUUGGAGUUCUCAUUUGAAAUCCAUAUCAAGUUUGAUGAGAAUGUUUAGUGCAACAUGUGAAGUUUUACUUAAUAUUAUUGAAGAUGGAAUUACACCUACUCACUGUGGAGAUGCCGAUGCAGCUUAUGAGGUAAUGACUUCUUUUGAAUUUGUAUUCAUUAUGCAGCUCAUGAGAAAAGUUCUAGAGAUUUAUAAUAUGAUUUGCCAAGCUUUGCAACUCCAAUCUCAAGAUAUAUCGAAUGGAAUGCAUCUUGUGGUAUCUACUAAAUUGCUUAUUCAAAAAUUAAGAGAUAGUGGAUGGGAUGAAUUAGUUUCGAGUGUGAAGUCUUUUUGUGAAAAUGUCAAUAUAACUGUGGCAGAUUUUGAUGCUCAAUAUAUUGCAAGAAGAGGAAGGGUUAGGCAUCAACAAGAUGAAUUUGGACAUCAUUACAAAGUUGAUAUUUUUAAUGCGGUGAUUGAUUCUCAGUUGCAAGAGUUGAAUAAUAGGUUUGAUGAUGAAGCAAUGGAGUUAAUUAUUCUAUGCUCAUCACUUGAUCCAAAAGAAAUGUGUAUAUCAUUUAGAAUUGAUGACAUUUGCAAGUUGGUAGAGAAGUUUUACCCACAAGACUUUGCAGAUUAUGAGAUUUUGCAAUUAAGAAUACAAUUUGAACCUUUUGAACAUGUGCAACAACUACCUGAUUUUAGAGCACUAGAAAGUAUUUCUGAUCUCUGCCAAUAA